AUGCGUCAAAGAUUCCAUAUCCUUCCGCUUUCUCUCCUCCUUUGCUUAUGCCUCACAUUCUCUUCGGGCCAAAAACUCACGAAUGACACAAUCUGCCCCCCAGCGGAAAAUAUCGUCUACUCGCCAUUCAAGCCAUGGUUCUAUUUUUACAGGGGCAGCAGCCAACUCUGUUGGCAAACCUCAAUCUGCACUCUUCAACUAGCCGACGAAGCACGUAAACAGCAAUUCGGCGCCACCGCAUUGAUCAUGGGUUUAAUUCCCCUCACUCUCAAGGACGUCGCCUGGCCCGAGAGGCGUAUAGCCCUUGUAUCCGCGCCCUUGCCAUUUGCCGCUGCCGUCCUCGUCCGAGCGUUGGGGCUCGAACCAGCCGUCGAAGGAGAACUUGAAAGCGACCAGGUGCAAAGAUACAUGCAGUGGAUGCAGGGAUAUUUAUUCGCCAAUGUUGGAACGCGCUGGCGCAUCUCAACGAUUUUACGUGUGGGCACGAGUUUUUUGAUACUAUUGCUGUCGUACGGGAUGUUGGCGGUGGUGGAAAUAUAUUCUAAACGCAGCUCCCUGGGUUGCGUGUACCCUGUGUUUACACUUACUUGGUGUAUCGUCGGGAUAUUUCCGGCGAUUAUUCAUGCGCUCUUUGCGAUCCGGCGGAGACGAUGCAAGGGAGGGUCCGAUCUGGUGUCGACUGGUAGUGUCUCUGCGAUUCAGGGUGCAGAAGAAGCUUGGCCAGUUCAGCUGGCUUGGGGCGUCUAUUAUAUCGCGGGCACCCUCGUAUUCACGUCGAUAAUGGCGGUAACAGUCGCAGAGCUCGCAGUGUGGGUAUUUGUGCAAGCUGUGGUGACGGCAGCGAGCAAGAUAUUUGCGCUGUACAUCUGCUUGUUGUUGCGGAAUCCUGACUCAGAUGCGUAUCCAAUUGAUGGAAAUUAA